AUGGAAGGGAGGCAUUGGACGGCAAGAGGCGGCGAGGCAGGGCGGGUGAGGGAGAAGAGAGAUCAACGAGCAUGUUACACGCUCUCGCGAACCUCGGAUUUCAGCGAGCAUGUUAUAUUCCGUCGCCAAUGUCAGAUUUUACGAGCUGCCAAACGCAAAAACGUUAUAUCCGAAACGUCAUACCGUGAACCCCUUCUCCCCCCCCCCUCCUCCCACCCCCUGUCUCCUUUCCCCUCUCCUCAUUUUCUCUCGCACAUCUCUCCUCCCUCUCUCCCCGCGCUCUCUAUUCAUCCCCCUCGCGCUCACCUUGUUCACCCCUUCCCUCUCCUCGUCUCCCCCGCUCUCACCACGUUUCCCCCUCUCUCCUCCUCAUCAACCCCCGCCCUCCCCUUAUCUCCCCCCGAUCUUCCCUCGUCUCCCCUCAUGUCCCCCCGAUUUCCCUUCAUCUCCCCCCGAUCCCCCCUCAUCUCCCCCGCUCUCCCCUCAUCUCCCCCGCUCUCCCCUCGUUUCCGCCCGCUACCCCCCUAUCUCCCCCAGCUCUCCCCUCAUCUCCCCCCGCCCUCCCCUCGUAUUCCCUUCCCUUCCCUCAUCUCCCCUCCCCCCCGCCCCCACUCUCCCCUUAGCUCUCUGCUCUUCUCCUCUUUACCUCUCAUACCCCCUCAGAUCCUUUCCCCCUACCCCCUUCCCUUUUCUCCCCUUCCCUUUUCACCCCUCAUCUCCCCCAUUCCCCUCCUCUGGCAUGAGCUUGAUGCAACGUGGGCCAACCUCUAUGAGGGAAACCCCCUUUCCUUUCUGCACUCCACCCCCCUUGUCUCCCCCCUACAUAUUCGCUCCCCUCCUCCCCUCCUCUCAGUUGGCAUGAGCGUGAAGCGGCACGUCACAUCCUUCUUUAGAGUUUCCAUGCCCCUCUCAGGGCCUCUCUUUUCCGUUUCAAAGCAACUCAGCACCUGCAGCCCCAGACAGGAGUUUGGGAUCCAACUGGUCCAGAGGCGUGCUGGCGAGCAGAGAGAGCCGCGCUGCUAA